GUUUGAGACUGUGCAAUUAUUGAUGACGUAGUAAACAACGCAAGAGAGUGCACAUAUUUUUUCAUCCAUCAUUGGAAACUGUUACACAGCAAAGUUAAACGAUAUCUACAGCUGGUGAUUAAAUAUGCCAGCAAUCAAACUCAAGAAAAAAACUCAGGAGUAUUUGUUGGAAAAGAAGAGAGAGAAGGAAGCUCAAGAAGCUGCUGCCCCCACACAGACAACAGUGACCACCAGUACACCAACCCCACCACCAAAGAAGAAGAAGGAAGCCCGCCUCCCUCAGACACCCCCUGCAUAUCUGAAUGAAAAUGACAUUCUGUUUGAGAAGCGCAAAAGGACGAUUCCAGUUGUGGAGCAGAAGUGCCAGGACUGGAUUAUGGACAAUUUUGAAAAAAAAGAAGAUGUUUAUGUAAAUAUAAACAAGAUGUAUGAAUAUUACACAGAAUCCAUCCUAGAGAACUCUGGAAAUGUUGCAGAUUUAAGUCUGUUCCACAGGAUCAUUCGUGAUAAACUUGGGAAAUUUUAUGGAGUAAAGGAAAUGUCUCCACUCAAUGGAUUAGUUAAAGAGUUGAAACCCAAAGAGAAGAAGGUCCAGGGAGAGACACUCAGUCUCAAGUUAAAGGACAUACUGAAUGAGGUCAUCACUGGUGUUGGCAAUCCCAAUAAAGGUGUCAGAUUUUUCAACCUUAAACAGUUAGUUGGAUCCAAAUAUCCAGCACUGCAGCUGGAAACCCAUCCUAACAAGUUACUGAAUGCCCUGGAGAGAGGAAUCAGAUUUGGAAACAUUAUUCUGGUGAAAGGAACAGGGAGAUGUGGAUUCUAUAGAGUUCCAGGAGAGAGUACAGCGGAAGAAGAUAAACCAAAACCGAAAAUAAAGAAAAAUAAAGGUGAAGUGGAAGAAGAUGGAAAAGAAAAUGAAAAUGGUGAAGCAUCAGAAAGUGCUAAGGUCAUAGAAGAAAAUAUAGAAAAACCAAAAGGGAAGAGCAGGAAAAAGUCUGGAAAAACCAGUGAGAAGUCUGCUAAUGAUGAGGAAAUGACCCCAGAGGGAGGAGACAAAGAAGAGCCCAAAAAGAGGGGGAGGAAAAGGAAGUCAGGGGAGAUGGAGGAGAGUAAAGGAGAGGAACAGAAUUCAGAGGAAUCACAGGAAGGCAAAAAGAAAAGACAGAAAAAGAGUGGAAGACCUAAACGAAAGUUUGUGUUGAGCAAGUUUUCAUCAGAGGCGGAAAAACAUGGGAAUCCAUCCCGCAUAGAGGAUGUCUUCCCCAUGGCUCUCACCUACAUGAGUGAUCCCAAAGAGGCGUCCAUCAGAAAGAUCAGCAAAUACAUGGAAAAAUAUUACCCAGAAGUGGACACAGAUGCCACACUAAAGAAGGCGCUAGAGAAAGGUGAAUCAGAUGACAUGUGGCAGGCUGUUGGCGGCCAGACAUACCGCCUUUUACUGGAGGAGUUUAAUCCAGGAUACUCCAGCGAUAUUGAAGACAUGAUAAGUCAAGCCAUCAUGGCGACCCAUGAACCUAAAACAGCCUCAGGAAAGAUGAUUAAAAAGUAUAUUCUACAAUACCAUGAGAAUUUUAUGAUAGAUAAAAGGCCACAUUUAUUCAAAAAAGCUUUGGAGAAAGCGUGCUCCAAAAACAUUAUCAGGCAGGUGUCGGGGCUAGGAAGUGGCGGAUCAUUUCAACUCGUGAAACCCUUUGUGCCCUCCCCAGCCAUUCUGGCAGGUGAGGUAGAGGAUAAAGCUGAUCGAGUGGACUUUGAGAUUGUGAAUGAUGAGUACGAUGAGAUCUAUAUUGUUCGCAAAACCAAAUCUGGUCGAGGGGGUGGUAUGAAGGAGCGGAAAGCCCCUGUCUCCAGAAAGUAGCCAAUUUGGAUCCUGAUAUUUUUACUUCUGUUAGCAACAUACAACAGAGCUUUAUACCGUACUGUAAAAUUGUCUCUUUCUAGAGACAGGAUGUGGGGAAUCUUUAUCAACAACAGAUGUUGUUGACAGUUCAAACAAUUUCAUUGUUAAAGAAAACUUAUUUUAUUUGUUAUGUUGCUUUUGUUGUGAAUUUUAUAAAAGGCCACAGGGUGGCUUGGACUUUAAUAACUAUGUGAGUACAUGCAUUUUAUGAGACAUGUACUUAUUUGUGUUGCAUAAGAAUUUUUCUUCGAAAGAAAGCCAAAAAAGUAAAAAUUAUAAUGCUGAAUAACUUCAAUACGCUUCCAUAUCAAUUAUAAUGAGUUGGAGAGUAUUUUACCAGGUACAUGCUUCAGGUGCAAGUAUACUGGUUAUGUGUUUGUUAAAAAAAACCUCAUGGUAUUUUAGAUGAUUUUUCCAAACCUUCCUAUCCAUCCCAAAUUAUGCUUGAGUAGUAGUUGAUGUUGAAAAUCAGAGAUAGAAUAACUGAUUUUUCACUGGAGCCAGUAAAUUGUUAGUCAUUGGUGCAUUUGUUAAAAACUCUAAUGACAGUUAUCCCUAUAUAAGCUGUGGGUUUUGUUAAUUAACAUAUUUCAUUAGAUUAAUUGUACAUAUAGAUAUUUUGUUGUGAGAAUAUGUGGAACAUAUUGUUUUGAUAAGUUUUACUUGAAUGCUUUAAAUCAUCAGUUGUCUAAGGUAACUGUGCAAUAUGAUUUAGGGCUAAGUUUUGAUUACUUUUUGCUUUGAUAUUCAUGUACAUGUAUGCAUACCUUAUUGAGCCUGUUGCAUGGGAAAUCACCAUGUGCAGAUCUAUACCUGUAUUGUUCUUAAUUCAUUAUUCUACAUUUACAGAGAAACACUGUAUAUAAAAGGCAGCUUAAACAUCAAGGAUAAAAGUAUUUUUACAAUUUAUAGUUCUCAUGUCUGCUCAUGUACUUGUUGCUUUUCUAUAAUUCGUAUGGAAACAGCUGCGGAACAUUGUUCACAAUAUUGUCAGUGAAUCAAUGGAUCUCUGACCUUGACACUGGUUACCAUAAAAUAAUGCUAAACAUGUAAUAGUGCAUCAGGUUUGUUGUUACAUUACAGUGUUUGUGUGCUUAUGAAUGUUGUAUUUCUUCAUGUUAAGUUCAGAACAUUUGUUCAUAGAUAUGCCUUGUAGAAAAAAUACAGAUAUAAACAUAGAAACCCUCA